AUGAUCGAUACUUUUGAACCAGCUGAUUAUAGAAUGAGUAAAAGUGGUUGGUUGAGAUAUGAAGAUUCAUCAGUUAUUUCUCGUUUAUCUCGAUUAAUUGAAGGUGUAACAAACAUGAGUAUGAUAACAGCUGAAGAUCUUCACCAAAAUCGUAUUACUACAUGGUUAACUUAUUUCAGUGAUGUUAAACAAAGUGAUGCAACAGUUUUUCAUGUAGUUGGCGAUCAUUUGAAAUCAAAAAAGGAAGUGCUGCAUUUUGGUAUAAUAUUUAUGCAUCGAAUGAAAGUUAGAUAA